AUGGAACGUUAUGUGAAUAAGAUUCUGCACAUUUUAGUGGACACCAAGCUCUUCGACGUAAAGCUUGCCGAUCUCCCAGCAUGGUUUGCUCGGCGUGAAAAGACACCAGGUGCUAUGUACAACGAGUUUAUGCGGAACAUAUGGAGGGUCCAUCACAAAUACUACUCUGGUCCUGUAUACGCAAAUACCCAGGCUAUGGCUCGUCGUGGCGCCUUAAUUGUUUUCGAGGGACUGGACAGAAGUGGAAAAUCGACACAAGCUAAGCGAUUAGCCGAGAAAAUCAACUCAUCUGGGGGUCAAGCUGUGCUGUUUCCGUUCCCUGACAGAGAGGAGCCAUUUGGUCAGGUUAUUGAUCGAUACCUUAGAAAAGAAAUCGAUCUUUGUGAACGAGCUCUCCACUUGGCUUUUUCGGCUAAUCGUUGGGAAAAAGCAGCUUUGAUAGAAGAGAAGAUUGCUGCUGGUGUUGAUGUAAUUUGCGAUCGAUAUUGCUUCAGUGGUGUUGCAUACUCGAUUGCUAAAGGUUUGUAG